AUGUCUGCACUCCGAAGGAAAUUUGGGGACGAUUACCAGGUAGUGACCACCUCGUCCAGCGGCUCGGGCUUGCAGCCUCAGGGGCCGGGCCAGGGCCCGCAGCAGCAGCUUGUGCCCAAGAAGAAGCGACAGCGGUUUGUGGACAAGAACGGCCGGUGCAAUGUCCAGCACGGCAACCUGGGCAGUGAGACGAGCCGCUACCUCUCGGACCUCUUCACCACCCUGGUGGACCUCAAGUGGCGCUGGAACCUCUUUAUCUUCAUCCUCACUUACACGGUGGCCUGGCUCUUCAUGGCGUCCAUGUGGUGGGUGAUCGCCUACACUCGGGGCGACCUGAACAAAGCCCACGUCGGCAACUACACGCCCUGCGUGGCCAAUGUCUAUAACUUCCCUUCGGCCUUCCUCUUCUUCAUUGAGACCGAGGCCACCAUCGGCUAUGGCUACCGCUACAUCACCGACAAGUGCCCCGAGGGCAUCAUCCUCUUCCUCUUCCAGUCCAUUCUCGGCUCCAUCGUGGACGCCUUCCUCAUCGGCUGCAUGUUCAUCAAGAUGUCCCAGCCCAAGAAGCGCGCGGAGACCCUGAUGUUUAGCGAGCACGCGGUGAUCUCUAUGAGGGACGGGAAACUCACGCUCAUGUUCCGAGUGGGCAACCUGCGCAACAGCCACAUGGUCUCCGCUCAGAUCCGCUGUAAGCUGCUCAAAUCUCGGCAGACACCUGAGGGUGAGUUCCUUCCCCUUGAUCAACUUGAACUGGAUGUAGGUUUUAGUACAGGGGCAGAUCAACUUUUUCUUGUUUCCCCCCUCACGAUUUGCCACGUGAUCGAUGCCAAAAGCCCCUUUUAUGACUUAUCCCAGCGAAGCAUGCAAAGUGAACAGUUCGAGAUUGUCGUCAUCCUAGAAGGCAUUGUGGAAACAACUGGGAUGACUUGUCAAGCUCGAACAUCAUACACUGAAGAUGAAGUUCUUUGGGGCCAUCGUUUUUUCCCUGUUAUUUCCUUAGAAGAAGGAUUCUUCAAAGUUGAUUACUCCCAGUUCCAUGCAACAUUUGAAGUCCCCACCCCACCUUACAGUGUGAAAGAACAGGAGGAAAUGCUUCUUAUGUCAUCCCCUUUAAUAGCACCAGCCAUAACUAACAGCAAAGAAAGACAUAAUUCUGUGGAAUGCUUAGAUGGACUGGAUGACAUUAGUACCAAACUUCCAUCUAAGCUGCAGAAAAUUACUGGAAGAGAAGACUUUCCUAAAAAACUCUUGAGAAUGAGUUCUACAACUUCUGAAAAAGCCUACAGCUUGGGUGAUUUGCCUAUGAAACUUCAACGAAUAAGUUCAGUACCUGGCAACUCAGAAGAAAAACUGGUAUCUAAAACCACCAAAAUGUUGUCUGAUCCCAUAAGCCAGUCAGUGGCUGAUUUGCCACCAAAGCUUCAAAAGAUGGCAGGAGGAGCAGCCAGGAUGGAAGGGAAUCUUCCAGCAAAACUAAGAAAGAUGAACUCUGAUAGAUUCACAUAACAAAACACCCCUUCGGGCAUUAUUUACCGUUUGAUUUAGUAAUAGUCCAAUAUUUGGCGGAUGAGGUCGUCCUCUCUAAGGAAUCUGAAAGGUACAUUUCCCAUCUUCCCCCCACCCCCAUCAUAUAUGCAUAUUUGAGAACGCUUCCUUUUCAAGUAUUACUACUGUGCAGAAAGAAAAAGUUGUGAAGGGCGGACAUCAGAAGGAAGUUCUUG